AUGGAUCAAAAACGGGGUUGGUCUUGCGACCAGGCUGCCGCGAACUCGCCUUAUCCCCCGAAACGACAAAAGACAUUGCGAUACAGUCCAACUGACGCGUUCCCGCACAGCCAGUAUACCAUCGCCUGGAUCUGCGCGCUACAUAUUGAAAUGGCGGCGGCCCGCGCCAUGCUCGACGACAUCCAUCCUGAUCUGUCUCAAGACGCCAGCGACAAGAAUACGUACAUGCUGGGCAGCAUUGGGCCCCACAACAUCGUGAUCGCCUGUCUGCCGAAUGGCCAUUACGGGACGAACAAUGCGGCGAGUGUUUCGACCCAUUUACUACGGAGCUUCCCAUCGAUCCGCAAGGGCUUCAUGGUCGGUAUCGGAGGGGGCGUCCCAUCUAGGGCUGAUAUACGACUAGGCGAUGUCGUUGUCGGCACCCGGGUAAUGCAGUAUGACCUGGGAAAAAUUGUCGACGGCAAUAUCCAGCGAACAGCGGUUGCAAAGAUUCCCAGCUACUCACUCCAGACCGCCGUGUCCAACCUACGAUCAAAGCACGAGCUAGAGCCCAGUCGAGUGCCGGCCAUCUUGCAGGAUAUGGCUGCGAAGUAUCCCGAGUAUGGUCAUCCAGCGUCACCAGAUCGCCUAUUUCUUGCCACAUACAAACAUGAUCCUCAGUUCUCCUCUUGCAGUGCCUGCGAUCAGUCCAAGACUCUACCCAAAAGUACACGCAUGCCCAACCAUCCCAAGAUCCACCACGGUGCCAUUGCCUCCGGAAACCAGGUGAUGAAGGACAGCCUCGCCCGCGACGACAUUGCGCGUAAGCUUGAUAUCAUCUGCUUUGAGAUGGAAGCUGCAGGUUUGAUGGAUAUUCUCCCUUGCCUUCCCAUCCGGGGCAUUUGUGACUACGCGGAUUCACACAAAUCCAAAGAGUGGCAGAAGUACGCAGCAGCGACUGCCGCUGCAUACGCCAAGGAGUUGAUUGAGAUACUUCCCGCGCACAACGAAAUUUUGGACAACGCAGAUGUUGCCAAUCCUUCACUUCAAGACGAAUUGCUCAACCGACGUCGACUCCUACUUGACUCGUUCAAAUUCGAGCAGAUCGACUCUCGCAAGAUUAGCAUCGAGACAGCGCACUCAAAGACAUGCCACUGGUUCCUUGAGGAUCCACAGUAUCUAGAAUGGCUUGAUCCCCAGAAGCACGCACAACACCAUGGGUUUCUCUGGAUUCGAGGGAAGCCGGGCACUGGCAAGUCGACAAUAAUGAAGUUCAUCUACCUGAAGACAAAAAGAAAGAAAAGUCAUACGCCUAGCGUCACUGCAUCCUUCUUUUUCCACGCGCGUGGCGAAGAUCUUGAGAAGUCAAUCCCGGGGAUGUACAGGUCUUUACUGUUGCAGCUAUUAGAGGGAUACCUUGAUCUCCAGGAAGUUCUGGACGACACUGAUCUCGUUCCACGGGGCCAACUAGGUUGCCCUCAAUUGAACGUUUUGAAAGACCUUUUCCACAAUGCGGUCUCCAAACUCGGCCAACGCACACUUACCUGCUUCAUCGAUGCGCUGGAUGAGUGUGAUGAGCAGCAAGUUAUGGAGAUGGUCCGCUACUUUGAAGAGCUGGCAGAAUCUUGUGCGAGUACAGGCGUGCAAAUUCGAAUCUGCUUCUCGAGCCGACAUUACCCCUACAUCCACAUACGACAUGGCAUUGAGCUUACGCUGGAGCAUCAGCAAGGCCACUCCGACGACAUGUCCAACUACAUCCAAAGUAACCUCCGGAUCACAAGCACUGCGCUCGUUGAAGAACUUCGUCCUCAAAUGAUUGAGAAGGCUGCCGGUGUCUUCCUCUGGGUUGUGCUUGUGGUCGACAUCCUAAACAAGGAGAAUCGCCGAGGCCGACUAGCUUUGCGGAAGCGGCUUGCAGAGGUUCCGAGUGGCCUAAGUGAGCUCUUCAAGGACAUUUUGAGACGAGACGAGAACAAUAUGGAGGACUUGCUGCUUUGUAUUCUUUGGAUCCUCUGUGCAAAGCGACCGCUGCGACCGGAAGAGUAUUAUCAUGCCCUCUGGUCUGGGUUAGCCCUGAAGGACCUGGUUGAUCCCGAGAUACCUGAUGUCACUGCCUCAGACUCCACUGAAUGCGUUGAGAGUUAUGUCAUUACUUCCUCAAAAGGACUCGCCGAGAUUACGAAGGCCAAAAGCUCAACUGUGCAGUUCAUGCACGAAUCUGUGAGGGACUUUCUCGUCAAAGAUCGGGGCCUUCAAGAACUGUGGCCUGACCUUGGGUUUGACUGGCAAAGCUCAGGUCAUGAGAGACUCAAACAAUGCUGUAGCAUGUACCUCAAUUCGGAACCCGUGCGCGCAUGUUUUGGUAGCAUUGGGCCCAAGACUCGACCCAAUGACUUGUUGGGGGUGUCACAGCAUUACCCAUUUCUGGAGUAUGCCAGCCAAUAUGUUCUUUACCAUUCGAACGCCGCCGCCCAAGCGAUCCCUCAAGCCGAGUUUCUAUCUCCAACUUCGACUGCAGAUUGGGCUGACACACUCAAUUGUUUCGAAAAAUUCAAGAUCCGCCAAUACAGCUCGAAAGCAAGUUUGAUCUACAUACUGGCUGACAAGGGGUUCUCCGCGCUCAUCCGAACCUGGCUCCAAGACAACCGGAGCAUUGACAUUAGAGGAGAGCGAUAUGAGCACCCUCUGUUUGCCGCUGUGGCUAACGGCCACAAGCACGCCGUUGCUGCUCUGCUGAACUCGACCUCGAGUAUCUGUGAGGGAGUUGACACUGUAGAGGGCUUCGGGUCGAAGAUGGACUUUGUGAAAUACAAAGGUCGAACGCCUCUGACCUGGGCUGCUCAAGAGGGCCUGACAAGUGUCGUGGAGCUCCUUGUCCAGAAUGGUACUGAUGUUGAUGGGGUUGACUGGGAGGACUGCACACCACUCAUGCGAGCUUCGGAAGCAGGGCACCAAGCCGUUGUGGCAUUCCUCAUCAAAGCAGGAGUGGCAAUUGAGAGCCGCUAUGCUCACAAGGCCGCCUCCCUCGCCCUGAAAAAUGGCCGCGCAUCAAUAUUGAAGCUUUUUACCCUGGCAAAUGCCAACUGGGAUCUUGAUCCCGAAACCCUGCGAAUGGGGCUCAAAAGCACUUUAGAAAGGGGAAGCGAAGAGAUGGUAAAAUUCCUGAUCGAGGAAGGAGUUGAUCUUGGCGCCCAAGAUUCCUGGUGCCACACAGCUCUGUCCCUUGCCUUGAAAAAUAACCACGCCACAACGUUGAAGCUUCUCAUCGAGGCGUACGCAGAUUGGGAUGUUAAUCCCAAAGAUUUGCAAGCGGCCCUCAGAACAUCCGCAGCAUGGGGCAAUGAUGAGAUGGUAAAGCUUUUAGUCAAGAAAGGAGUUGAAAUCAACGACCAAGACUCCCGGGGCAACACUGCUCUGUCCUGUGCUUCGAGCAACGGCCACAUGUCAACAGUGAAGCUUCUCAUUGAGAACAGCGCUCAAAUCGAACCUGACUUGAGGGGCAAGACCCCGCGGCUAGCGCUCAUCGAAGCCUCAACCAACGGCCAUGUGGAAGUGGCGAGGCUCUUACUUGAGUGGGGAGCAAACAUUGAAACCCGGGUUGAAGAUGGCAGAACACCCCUCAUUGCAGCCUCGAUUCGCCGCCACGAGACAUUGGCGAGAUUGUUGACUGAACAGGGGGCCGAUGUCAACGCGCAAGACAAAGAUGGCAAAUCGCCCCUUCAUUAUACCGCGGAGAGUAGUCGAUUCUGGGUUCCCGAGCGGCUUCGCGUCUCUGUUACGCAGCUUCUUCUUCGCAAUGGAGCUACCAUUGAUGCAAGAGAUUCCAGUGGCCAAACGCCCCUUCUCACUGCCUGCGUAUAUGGACAAAAGGCAGCACAGCGGCUUCUCAUUGAGCAGGGAGCUGAUGUCAAUGCAAGAGAUAAGGAGGGAAACACGCCUCUCUUUUGGGCCUGUUACUUUGGAGAGUCCAAUGGAGAACCUCUGCUUCUCAUUGAGAAAGGUGCCGAUGUCAACGCAAAGACUGAAAAGGGCAAAACACCCCUACACAAGCUUUGCGAGUCACUACAUAGGCUAGGAAAUAAUGCGGAGCUGGUGCCUGUUCUCAUCGACAAGGGGGCAGACAUUCAUGCUCGAGAUAGCGAGGGUUCAACACCACUCCAUUUGGCCGUUGUCGGUAACUCUCCUUCGGUGGUGAAGCUUUUGGUCGAGAGGGGGGCACAUGUCGACGAUCGCAACCGCGAAGGCCAUACACCAGAGAGUCUUGCCAAGAAGAAAAAGCUGCGAGCAGACAAUCCUCUCAUACUGGCUCUAAAAGGACUAUGA